AACUUGAGCAGACACCGUAAAAGGAAGAAAAAGUAAAAAGUGUGAGAGAGAGAGAGAGAGAGAGAGAGAGAGAGAGAGAGAGAGAGAGAGAGAGAGAGAGAGAGAGAGAGAGAGUGUUAGUUAGUUUGUGUGUAGCGAGAUCAUUUGAGGCACCUGCAAACAUGGGUAACUCUGAGCGGACACGACCGCCAGGACACCGGAGGAAGCGCUCACACAAGGCGAAAAACAAAAAGAAAAAGAAGACACACCACAGCAGAAAGAGAUCAAGGUCAAGGUCAAGAUCAAGGGCCCAGUCACCUGCUAACUCAGGGUCAAACUCUGAGAGGGAAUCCAAGUCAGCAACUAACCCAGCAUGUGUUGGUGAAAGCAAGAAGAGGCCUCGCAGCCCAUCCCAUUCACCUGAACGCAUCAAGGCGGGGUGUUCCUCCCUCCCCUCCCAGCCUGAUGCCUCUGCAGGGAGGGGAGGGAAGGUGAAGGGGGAUUCAGACUCUGAGGACGAGCUGAUGUUUGAGUGGGAGGCUCAUCGCCGGGAGCUGGAUCUGUUGUUCUGUGGGGGAGGACACGAGGAUCCUCUGCGGCAGGGCAGCGAGCAGUACCAGGACUUUUGGGCCUUCCUCAAGAAGUACCACAGCCUCCACAAGCAGCGCAAGAUCAGGGAAAUGUGUGGGGCGGGCCGGGGUGGCGGGGCGGGGCAGGGCAGCAGUGCAGUGUUUGGCCUUCCCCUUGCCUUCCACAAGAGGCACAACAUCAAUUUCAGUCUGAGUGGGGCGAGCAUUGAGGCACUGCAGGACCGCCUCCCCCCGCAGGACCUGGAGGAGGUCAGGGCAGGGCAGCGGAGGCUGUCACAGCGGCGGCUGGAGGAGGCCCGGCUGGUCAUGCUGCUCUACCUCGACUUUUCUCAGAAGCAGAGGUUUGAAAAGUUGCGGCAGCUGAGGCGAGCCCAAGCGGAGCUGCCCAUCGCCGCUCACCGGGAGGAGCUGCUGCAGAAGGUGGAGCAGCACAGUGUGGUGGUGGUGGCCGGCGACACAGGCUGUGGCAAGUCCACACAGGUGCCUCGGUACCUGCUGGACGCUGGCUACACCCAGGUGGCGGUGACACAGCCAAGGCGCCUGGCCUGCGUGGCGCUGGCCCGCCGCGUGGCCCACGAGACCUUGGACCUGUAUGGCUCCAGCGUGGGCUACCAGGUGAGGUUUGAGAAGACCCGCACGUCCCACACCCGGCUUGUGUUCUUGACAGAGGGGCUGCUGCUGCGGCAGGUGUGUGUGGACCCGCUGCUCACCCAGUACCAGGUGGUCAUCCUGGACGAGGUGCACGAACGUCACCUGGACACAGACUUCCUGCUGGGGGUGGUCAAGGUGCUGCAGGUGCGCCGGCCUGAGGUGCGCGUCCUGCUCAUGAGUGCCACCGUCAACUUGGACCUGUUCAGCAGCUACUUCCCCGGCGCCCCGGUGGUGCAGGUCCCUGGCCGCCUGCACCCCAUCACCCUCAAGUACAUGCCGCCGCCCCCCAGAGAGGUUUCCAAGAAGGAUCGCCUGGACCCGGGCCCCUACGUGCGCCUGCUGCAGCUCAUCGACCAGCAGUACCCGUCUGAGGAGCGCGGCGACCUGCUGGUGUUCCUCAGCGGUGCCAGGGAGAUUGGCAUCGUGGUGGAGGCGGCACAGGAGUACGCCCGGCACAGCGGGCACUGGGUGGUGCUGCCGCUGCACAGCACACUUUCCGCAGCCCAGCAAGAGCGAGUGUUCCACGUGGCCCCGGAGGGUGUCAGGAAGUGCAUCGUCUCCACCAACAUUGCUGAGACAUCAGUGACCAUUGACGGUGUGCGCUUCGUGGCCGACUCAGGACGAGUAAAGGAGAUGACCCACCAGGCUCAGGGCAAGAUGCGGCGCCUCAAGGAGUGCUGGGUGAGCCAAGCCUCGGCGGAGCAGCGCAAGGGCCGAGCAGGGCGCACGGGGCCCGGCUCAUGCUUUCGACUGUACUCCCCCGAAGACUAUGAGUCCUUCCCCCGCUACAGCCCCCCAGAGGUGCAGCGCGUGCCCCUGGACUCUGUGGUUCUGCGCAUGACCUCCAUGGGCCUGCCUGACCCCUGCCUCUUCCCCUUCAUUGAGCCUCCUCCACAAGAGGCUCUGGAGCAUGCUGUGUCCUCCCUCAGGGCCCAGGGCGCCCUGGAUGCUGAGGGAUGCCUGACCACCCUGGGAAAGCUGCUGGCACAGCUGCCCCUGGAGGUGGGCUUGGGCAAGAUGCUGAUAAUGGGGGCGCUCUUCCACCAGCUGGAGCCUGUGCUGUCCCUGGCGGCCACCAUGAGCGUGCAGAACCCCUUCCAGCCACACGCACGCAAGUCUCCGGAGUGCCAGGCUGCCAUCAGAGACCUGGAGAAUGACCACGGGGACCCCUUCACCCUCCUGGGGGCAUACAGGGAGUGGCUUGGCGUGAAAGAGUCGAGAUCACAAGACUCCCGCCAAUGGUGUCGGAAGAGGGGGCUGGAGGAGCACCACUUCUACGGUAUAACCAAACUGAGGCAUCAGUUCUCCCAGCUGCUUAAGGACUCUGGGCUGCAGCGGGUAGCUGGGGCUCCCAGGUCUGCCCUUACGAGUGCUGAACGAGCCAAGAGGCUUGGUGAGCUGCAGCAGCUGCGGGAGAUUCGCCGAGAGUUGCACCAAGAAGACCAGCGGCCCACCAGGGUGCUGCAGCUGGGGGAGGGGGACGGCUAUGAUGGGGAAUGGGAGGGGGAGGGGCAGGGGGCAACAGACAUAAAGGACGUGGACUUCAGGAUCACCAACGACCCAAGGCGCCUGCGUGAGAUCCUUCGUGGCUCUACGCUUCGUGGUCAAGACCAGACAAUGCUGAAAGUGAUCCUGUGCUGCGGGCUGUACCCGGGCCUGGCCAUUGCUGACGAGCACAACAACUACAAGGCUGGCUCGGAGCAACUCUUCCACACCCGGGAGCGUCCAUUCACGGUGCUGCACCCCGGGGGUGUCCUGGCUGCACAUCCUGAGGUGCUGCAGGUGGCAGACUCGGACAUUGUGGAGGUGCCAGGGUUUGGUCGUCACCCAGCUGCCCGCGGUCAACAGCUGCUGGCCUUUGGCUCUGUCCUGGAGACCCACAAGGCUUUCCUGGUGGACACAGUUCGUGUUCCAGCAGCCCAGACCCUGCUGUUAUUUUGCCACAGCCUGGACACUAACGCAGACAUAUCCACAAUAGCAUGCGACUCCUUCAUUGAGCUGAGGUUCCCAGACCCUCCGGUUGCUCAGAAUUUACUGUUGAGAGCGGUGUACCUUCGGAAGCAGUGGCAACACCUCCUACACCUCCGCACCUCCAGGAGUGAGGAUGAUGAGGGUGAGAGUGAGGUGGAGGCAGCUGGCUUGGAGAAAGAUCUUUCUGCUGGCUUGGUGGACUUCUUCCAGAGUGAGGCGGUGUACUCCCGGCGGCGCCUGCUGGCUGCCGACGCCAAGGUGCUGCAUGCAGGUCCUGGCCCCGGGGACUGCGUCCUCUCCACAAACCCUUUUGCCCCAGGGGAGCCCUGCCUUCCUAACCCCACCAAGGGAGGGGUGGACCUAACCCCAUACCUUUCAUACAACAGUGUGCUGGACCUCCAGUGCACCUCCACCACUAUAAACACUCAUGACACAGUGUGUCCCUACUGUGACCAAGACCUCCACCUGACCACACUUGACCGUCUGGGGCACCUGUGGGAGUGUCUGGCGGCAUCUGCCCAGCCUCCACCUCCAGGCACCUCCCAUGAGGGGGAGGCAGCAGAUCCUACCAAGAAGAGGUACCAGUGUGAUGCCUGUGGGGAAACUCUGUGGCUCACUCUGAAGGAGAUAUUUGUCCACAGGAAGUCCCACGCCUCAGAGUCUGCUGGACAGUGACUUCCUUGCUGCCCGUCAUUGCUGCUGCCUCCCUCGCUGGACCAAGUGGCAAGACUGGUGGUUAGUGAGUGACACACAAAUGAACAUUGGCACUUUGCUUGCCAACAAGUUGCAUCACUUGAACAUUGCUGUGCGGCAAAUAACUACAUAACAAGUGAUGACAUUUCAUUGAAGAGUCAUUCUAGGACUUGGUCAGUUUCAGGACGUUUUAAAAUAAAUUUUUCACAAAAAAAUACUUUCGAUGUAAAACAAAGAAUAUAUUGAUAUUGAUAGAAAGGCUUGAUUUUAUUGACCAAAUUUGUUGUUCUCAAGUAAUAUAAGGGUAAAAUUCUCAGUCAUAGCAACUGGGUCCCAAAGCCAUCCGAUCCACUUACCUCCUACAAAACCAUACAACAGAUUUGAACCCACUCCUCUAAUCCCCGAGAGUCACAUCCAUGGGACAAGAUAGAUGACCAGAACGAACACUUUCAACCAGAUCCCUUGAUGCAGAAGCUUGUAUUUUGGCAUGCAUGGAUUUAAACUAUAAAGCGUCUCCUUGGUGCAGUGGUUGGCGUGGCUAACAACGGAUCUCCGGGCUGGGUUCGAAAGGGAAGAGAAGAGAAGAGAAGGAAAGGAAAGGUCUAAUUAAUUCGUCACGCAGUCCACCCAGCUAUUGAUCCUUUUUUUUUGUGCUGGUGGAUAAUUCAAACCGGGAUCUGGAGUAGAUAAACUGUGGUAAUUAACUGUGGUAAUUAACUGUGGUAAUUAACUGUACGUGUCACUUUCCCGUUCUCACCUGUCAGAGGUUUAAGGGCUAAUGGUACGGAGAUGAGCACAGUGGCCAGGCGCAGCUAUUACCGUAGGCUCCUAACUUUGCCUUAUGUUCGUGUAAGAGACAGAUGGUGCACGUUCCCCUCCCU